ACGAAAAGUCUAAUCUAACGUUCAUUUGACAAAAGCUGUACCCCUUCUAGCCAUGCCAUUGGCCCUUCCCACAAACACUUUCGUUAGUCAAAAUGGCUGCGUCUUUGAGCUGUCGGGGUGUGAAAUUAUCGAUCGCGCUUGCCAGAGUCGGUACUUCGAUAUGCGCCAACUCUGGAACACGAACACUUCAUGCCACUGCAAUAUGCUGCAAGAAUCGGGCAGCCCGUAUCCGAGUGGGGAAAGGAGACCGACCACUGACCUACGAGCAAGCCCUCCACCCCCACCACAUAGGCCACCGCAAAGGUUGGCUUUCCCAGCACACUGGCAACUUACAGGGAGAGGCAGGAGCAUCCGAUCGUACAGUAGAGGACAUGUUUGUGCGGCGUUUCAUCUUUGGCACCUUCCAUAACUGCCUAGCCAAUGAGGUUGUGAUAAAGCGGCGAGGGAACAUGCUGGUGGUGUGUGCCCUGAUGGUGCAGAAACUCCCUCCUCAGAAGUUCUACUUCCUUAUUGGCUACACAGAGACGCUGCUCUCCCACUUCUACAAGUGUCCCGUCAAGAUGGAGGUCCAGACCUUAGCGGACAAGGCUGUCUACAAGUACCUCUGAGGAGGAACAGGAACUGCUGACAGGAGACUGGUCAUGUAGGACUUUGUGGAAGGACUUAGACACAAUAGUUACCAUUGUUAAAGCUACAUUCUGGGAACCGAACACAACAAAAUGGCCACCACACUACUUGUUUUGGUAAAUAGCUGAGGGAUGAGAUUAGGAAACUAACAUUUCUCAAAUUCAUAAAUCACACCCUAGAUGCAUGGACUGACUCACUGACAGUCCAUGACAUCCACAUGAUAAUUUUAAACAUAUUGUGAGGGGUUUAUGUCCUUGUUUGUAACCAGUGAAUAAAACCUUAUAUUUUGGGAUAGGCUCAUGAGGCUAUAUAUUCUUCAAGAGUCAAUGGGUAUCUUAUAACUUGUAAGUGUCAAGACUUUAAAUGACCAGAUUCCCAGACUAGCUUUACCCUGGGUGAAAAACCUUUGAAUAAAGAAUAUUUGAACGUG